AUAAUCUCCAUUUGCAACUUCCUUUUAGCACCUUCGAUUUAAGUGACAAACAGCGAAAUUUCAUUGCAAUGUUUUUGUGUGAUUUCUGAGGAUACGAGGAUUCUACGAAAGCGUAAAUUGAAUAAUUAAUAGCAUUUAUUGUCAAUUGAUACACCAGGCGAGAUGUGGACCUGCCUUGCUUUUCUAAUUAUUAUCUACGUAAUAUACGCAUUGAAGGAUUACAUCAGGAUCCUCAGAUUUAUUUUCACCCUUGAUGGACCGAAGACGGUACCUAUUCUUGGCAAUGCAAAUGCCAUUCUUGAAGGAAACUUGAUUCAGAGAAUGACAAACGAGGCACAGAGUUACGGACGCGUUUUCCGGAUAUGGUUAACGCUCUUGCCAUACGUCGUGCUCGUGGAGCCGGAGGACAUCCAAGUCGUGCUGAGCAGCACGAAACACACGCAAAAGAUAUUCUUUUAUAAAUUGCUCAACAACUUUUUGGGUAAGGGUUUGAUCACGCGGGAGAUUGACAAGUGGAGGAUACACCGGAAAAUCUUGCAGCCAGCCUUUCAUCUUCACGUUCUCGCAAGAUUCGCAGGAACAUUUAGCAAAUGCGCCGAUCAUUUAGUCGAUAAACUGCUCGAGAAAGACGGAAAAGAGGUGAACAUUACCGUGUUUGUCAACAAUUCGGUCUACGAUAUAUUGACCGAGACGGUUUUGGGGAUGAAGGUGAGCCGAAGAAGCAGCAACGCCGAGGAUGACACCCCAUUUAGAAAGGGUCAAGUUAUGGUGCCGUACCGAUUCGCGCGUCCAUGGUUGUUAAUUGAUUGGAUCUACCGAUUGACGGCAGCUGGGAAAUCGGAGGAACAGCAACAGAAGGAUCUGUUUGAUUUUUGCUUCAGAAAGAUGAAAGAGAAGCGCGAGCUUUUACGCCAGAACAGUUCGUUCAUCGAUGACGAAACAAUGAGCGCGGAAAACAGAAAGAUAUCUCUACUCGAGUAUAUGGUCGAGAUCAACGAGAGGAAUCCUUGUUUCACUGAUCAGGACAUCAUUGAGGAAUGUUGCACUUUUAUGUUAGCUGGCCAAGACUCGGUCGGCACCGCCACCGCGAUAACGCUUUUCCUAUUGGCAAACAAUCCUACAUGGCAGGAAAACUGUAUCGCGGAGUUGGAUGAGAUCUUCGGCGAUGACGAGAGAUCGCCUACUAUGCAGGAUCUUAGAGAGAUGAAGUGUUUAGACAUGUGCAUCAAAGAAUCUUUGCGAUUAUACCCUAGCGUCCCGGUUUUUGCCAGGACACUUGGACAAGAUGUAAGAAUAGGAAAACAUGUGAUACCAGCCGGUUGCGGCAUAUUUAUGGCACCAUACUGUACACACCGUUUGUCUCAUCAUUUUCCCAAUCCUCACGAUUUUAAGCCAGAACGUUUUAGUCCCGAGAACUCUCAAGGAAGACAUCCCUAUGCCUACAUACCUUUCAGUGCCGGUCCUCGUAAUUGCAUUGGAUAUAAAUUUGCCAUGCUCGAGAUAAAAUCGAUAAUCAGCGCGGUUUUGAGGAAGUGUCGAUUAGAACCAAUAUUCGGCAAGGAAAAAGUGAUAGCUAAGUUUCGGAUGACAGUCAGAGCGACCGGUGGACUUUGGGUCAAAGUGAUAUCGCGGAAAUCGUAGCGAUUGAUAAGAUUGACACGUCGUCGAUCUUGCAACUUAGAAAUAGCCAUUGCAAUAUUUUGAAAAUUUAUGACAAUUUAAUUGAAAGAUAAACAGAAAGAUGCAAUUUAAUCCGAUACGUUGGAUGAAAAAAAUAAUAAAAUUGAUAAUAUAUACAUAAUGCUUAUUAAAAAUACUUCAAUAAUGCUAUUUGAAUUAUACUUAAGAAAUCGUGAUUUUUUUUAUGUACUAAUUGAACAAAAUGAUUAUAUAUGAU